CAACUAACAGAACAGGCACUGGGCUCUCAGACUGGAGAGAUGGAUUAGUGAUUUGGGCCUCACGAUGGAGGGAUGAACGAUAGAUGUGGUGGGGAAAGCGGCCUGGCUAGUGCUGUAGUCACUGUUGUUGUCAAGGAAACCAAGAGUCCUGUCCCGUUGCCAUGGGGAAACAGAACAGCAAGCUGCGGCCAGAGAUGCUGCAGGACCUCCGGGAGAAUACGGAGUUCUCCGACCACGAGCUGCAGGAGUGGUACAAGGGUUUCUUGAAGGAUUGUCCCAGUGGUACCCUGAAUGUGGAGGAGUUCAAGAAAAUCUACGCCAAUUUCUUCCCCUACGGCGACGCCUCCAAGUUCGCAGAACACGUCUUCCGAACGUUCGACACCAACGCCGACGGGACGAUAGACUUCCGGGAGUUCAUCAUCGCCCUGAGCGUGACGUCACGGGGCAAGCUGGAGCAGAAGCUGAAGUGGGCCUUCAGCAUGUACGACCUGGACGGAAACGGGUACAUCAGCCGCGAUGAGAUGCUGGAGAUUGUACAGGCCAUCUACAAGAUGGUGUCAUCUGUGAUGAAGAUGCCAGAGGAUGAGUCCACGCCGGAGAAGAGGACGGAUAAGAUCUUCAGACAAAUGGACCUCAAUAACGAUGGCAAAUUGUCCCUGGAGGAGUUCAUCAAAGGUGCCAAAAGCGACCCCUCCAUCGUCCGGCUACUCCAGUGCGACCCCAGCUCGGCCUCCCAGUUCUGAACCCCUCGCCCUGCUACGAACCCUCUCCCCCCCUCACCCUCUCUGUUGCUAUUGAAACAGUCACUCAAAAAAUCAAUGCAUGAUGGUUCUGGUCUCUCUUCAUAUCAUCUCUUUUUUGUUCGUUGUUGUGUGCAAGAAUGGAGGAGGGAUUUUAAAGGAGGAUAAGAAAAGCCAUCACUAUCAUUUUACUUUCAUUUUUUUUUAAACAUAUACUUGGAAAAACUGAAGGGACAUGCGUACAUUUAACGAUCAGGCGUGAAUGUUCCCGAAUCUCUCUCUCUCUCUCUCUCUCUCUGGAACGACGGAUUUCCAGGGAGCUUGUGACAAAGUGUGGAUUUUAUUUGCAGAGUUUGGGAAUCGCUCAGUUUGUCCUCCAACACACAUUGUACAUCAUGUAUAUACUGUAUGUCUAUGUAUAUCACAAGAUGAAGUUUGUCUUCAUGUAUGGUGCACACUCUCUGGCAUUGAAAAGGCAGUAUUAUGUAGCGCAGCUUCCUGGUGGGAUUAUUGGGAUUUUACUGCUGUAUGAUCUUUCGCUGAGAAAAAGAAGGCCUAAUAUCCCAUUAGCUUUUUAUUGAUAUCUUCUGGCAUGUUGUUGAUUUUUAAGAAUUUUAAACGUUUGUUUUUUUUCUUUAAUUUGUACAUAUUGUUUUCCUCCCUCAUGCUCUUUAAUUUAUUCAUUUUUAUUCUUAUUAUUGUGCUUUUAUUUUGAUAUGUUGUUAAGGUUGACCGUAUUCCAGUUUACAGUGACAGAGAGAGAGAGGAAAAUGUGAGAGGAGACUGAUCUCUUUGGCGGUUGUGGAUUUGUGAAAGUGAAAGAUUACGAGACUCUAUUGUGACAUAAGGACAUCCCAUAAUGCUUUUUGAUCGAUUGACACCAGUAGCACAUAUCCGUUUGAGCCGCCAUGUGUUCAUAAAGUACGGCUGUGCAUGUGAAUAUGCACCGUGUGCUCGAGGCUAACUUUUACAGUAUUAUUAUAAUGUUGUGUUGUUUUUCUUAAUUUGUAAGUAUUUUGAAGUUCUCUAACAGCGAGCAGUAAACGUAUAAGAUAGUCGUAACCUGUCACUAUACUGCAUGAUCCCACCAACUGACAACAGCCACAGAAACGGUUGAACGCACAUCGGCAUCUUUUUGUAGCUCUGCAGCCUCCUCAGCAUUGUACCGGGCAGAAAUGAUGGAGUAUUUGUCUUGCUUUUGGGACAUCCCUCCCUCCUCUCCCCCCAACCUCUCCCCCUCUUCCUCUGACAGACAGAGAACUCACUAAGGGCUCGUUCAUCACUCUCUAGCUGAUUGCUUUUAUAACCUCCUGGAUUAGUCUGCUUGCGGAGCAGUUAGAUGAAGGGACUUGUUUUUAGGAGAUAGGAGAUACUUGUUCUGAUUCGAGUUUUUCAGGGUGUCCGUACAUAGCAAGAUCAGUGGCUGUGUUUACAUAAGCACGUUAGACUACGUAGAUUUCAUUUCAUGAAUAUUUGGAGCAACAAGGAAGUGGAACAUGUCAAUCAAAUGAAAAGGAAAUGCACGACUUUAAAUCGCAGCCUCAGAACAACACACCGUGCACAUGUAAACACACCCACUGGUUGCAGGAAUACCAGCACAACUCCCAUAAUGGAACGCCCUCAUUGUCAGGUCACUAUUGCCAUCUUGAGUUUUUUGUUUUUUUUUAGGUUAAACACAAAACUAAUUCUGUUUGUGACGAAGCUAAGCAUUGGGCAGACUGGGGAAAAAGAAGUUAAUCUGCAUAUUUCAGAUACUUAUAUACUCAUACAUCAUUCUUUCAGGAAGGGGCCUUCAGGUUCUUCACUUUUAUAGGCUGGUAUAAUGUAUAAGUGUUAUGGUGUUUAUAAGUGGUGGAAUGUAAUUAAAUGCAUUUGCUUGAAUUUGCUGGAGUAAUAUUAUUUUACGCUAUUUCAUAUUUGUGUUAUUGGGUUAGGGUUAGGGUUAUUUAACUGCACUACAUUAACCUGACAACUAUAGUUACUAGUUACUUUUAAGAUUAAAAUGUUACACUCAAACAUAUCGGUUCAUAAAACAUAUCGCAUUGUUAUAGAUUAGAUUAAACUGCUCCAAAGUAUAUAAAACUGUUUGAAUUAGCUCCAACUUUAAGGUUCAGUGUUUAUUGCAUAGUUUAAUUAUUAUGUUUAAAAAUUCCUUUUGACAUGGCUUCAUUGAAAACCAGACUGAUGCAGUUAUUUCAGGAGUUUAGACAGGCUUCACUUUUACACAUUUUACACAGUGGGGAAUAAAACCCUGUCACCAGAUGAUUUCUCUGUCUGCCAUGUGAGCUAAAAAUACCUCAGUGAGUUACAUCUAUUUAGCUAGUUAGCAAAAAAGCCCCCGUUAUACCAGAUUUAACGGACAAACAUGAUUUCUAUCAGCCCAAUCAUGUGUGUCGCCCAACAUUUCACUACCUCACAAACUGAAUUACUGCGUGUGCAGCGGUGGCAAAGUGACCAAUGAGAGCUGUGCUGGUGCAGCUGCAUCCACAUGACAUCAGGCCUGACCUAGGAUUAACCUGUACCAAACAUUUGCACAGGAGCUUCCUAAUCAGCCUUACCUCUGCUUUAAGGGAUCCUAUAGUGUCACUGCUUUUUCUGCUGGCAGGAUAAGGAACGCCCCCUUCUGACCCCUGACCCCUGAUCCACUACCAUUUAACCCUUUUCUAUUCUCACUGCCUCUGAUGAACUGGUACCUUGUGUUGGAUACAUACACCACCUUCUUUAUUUCUUCCUUCCUAACUUCCCUUUCCUUGCUUCCUACUUUUCUGUUGCAUGAAAACCUCACGUGAGGAUGUCAUGUUUGUUCCGUUGGACCUGAAAAUUGAAAUAUACCUAUGUGUUUCAAAGCUGCACGUGUGGACUGUUUUUCUAAUUUCUGGUUAUAUGAGAUAUAUAAGGAAUGCAUUAAGGUGGAGAGCAUUUCACCUCGGAUAAGACUAAUGUCUGGUCUAACGGCUGAAUAUUGCUGUCAUGCAUUUGAGUGUCGCACCCUGUCAAGACUCCCUGACGUGGGGGAA